AUCAUGUCAGUGAGAUUGUUAUUUUUAGUUGUGGUGGUAGAAGUAUAUUACAUGUGUUUCAUUAUAUUUUUCGAUUAACUAAUGAGCAGUAGCCACUUGUUCUUUGCAAUAAAGUGACCUAGAUAAAGUGUUUCAGGACAGCUAAUGUGUGUGUGUGUGUGUGUGUGUGUGUGUGUGUGUGUGUGUGUGUGUGUGUGUGUGUGUGUGUGUGUGUGUGUGUGUGUGUGUGUGUGUGUGUGUGUGUGUGUGUGUGUGUGUGUGUGUGUGUGUGUUGACAAGCCUGAAGGUUCGUCCAGCCGAACCAUCCUGAUCAGAGUUCCUCUCCAGACUGCUGGCCAGCGUGUCUGGCCUGAACGGCUCGCUUGCUGGCGCCUGUCCUGCGCGCUGCCGUGCUACGAUGUGACGAGCGUGUGCCACUGAGCCUCUCCUGUGCUUCUCUUUCAGUGUGUCCUGAAACUGAGGUCAUUAUGCUGAGUGGCUGAGGGGGAAUCGGCUUGGAUCACCGGCCGUCUUUCCGUUGGCCAGCCGUGACGCAUCAGUGCAGACAGUUGCCUUUGACGGAACUUCGCCGACUAGGAAUAGCGACGUGGGACAGUUGUAGGACGAGUUUACAUUCUCGAAGAAGGUCGGCUCAGAGAACUGCAGCAGACAGCGGACGGACGGACAGACACUCCGCCCCUGUUUCCUGUGUGGCCCCCUCUGUGCUGCAGAGGAGGGCUUCACACACACAGCUAGUGUGGCUGGAUGCAUCACACGGCGGAGCAGUUUGGUGGCCGUAGCUCACGGGACUCCUUUCCCCUGUCCGAGCUGAACCAUGGAUCAUGGGCACCUGUGGCCGGCCGCCACUGGGGGCCUCCCCCAAGGGGUCUCCCCCCUGUCAGUCAACCUCAGCUUCUUCAUCUGCCGUCAGGUCACCUGAGCGGGCCAAACCAUUCCAGUAAAUUCUUUAGCAGUGGGCGUCCUGGGGACAAGCUGGAGCCAUCGCCCCGAGCUUCGUGGGAGCCCGCCGGGCUGAUGGGUCCCGAUGUCGGACGGGGUUACCAGAACCCCAGCCGGCCACACCACGAGUACGGCCUGGCGGCCCGCCACAGCUCCUUGCUGAGGGUGAGGCGAUGCGGGGGGCUCGCCGGCAUGGAGCAAAAGUUUGGUGGUCCUCACCAGCCACCGGCUUCCCGAAACCCUGCUCCCUUGGGCAGCAUGUGGAGUCCACUAGCACAACAGUCCCGGCCGUUUCCAGGAAAGAUCAUAGGCGGCCAGCUGAAGCGACCCGCGCCCCCACUCGUGGAGCACUCCAUCAUCCAGCAUGCCCCCCCUCCACACCCACCCCCAAAUGAAGAAUGCCCCAGCCCAAGCAAGAGGAAGAGGAGUGGCAGCUCCGAGCAGGUGCCUCACCCAGGAGGGCAGCGCCCCCCCCUGCUGCCACUCUCACCUUCUCACUACCCUCCGCCCAAGCCAGCCUUCUGGAGCCCGUUGCACAAGGGCGGCACCCCCUGGCCUGUGCUGGACCGGAAGAGCACCCAAGGGGACUUCCAGGAAGUACCCAAACCACCGAUGGGGGGCUUUUCUUACAAAUUCCCCCCCAACACCCCCUUGCCAGUCUCCCCAUCGCCUCUUAGCUCUCCAGUCUAUAGCCAGGGCCAUGGGGGCCCUCCUCCGCCGCUGGGUCACGGUGUCCACUUUCCCCCUCCCUCUCCCUUGCCCCUUCUCCCGCUCAGCCGUGGCCUGCCCCACCCACGGGGCGCUGAAGGGAGUCAGGCACCCCAGGACAAAGAGAGGCUAGCACCGUCCCCAGCAAACUUCACCGGCGUGCCUUAUAGCCACCGCCAUCAUCAGCCGUCUCCUGGCAGUGGCCUUUCAGAAACUCAGCGCUGCCCCCCAGAGGCCUGGAGGCCACAUGGCCAGCAGCCUCUCCAUACUCAGCAGUCAGGUCAGUAUGGGACAGCGCCAGAAUCUCAGGGUACCCAGCACCAGAAUGGAGCCCAAGAAGCCAGGGGGCCCAGGGCCGGCCAGCACGCUGCCCCCUCCCGCACCCCUGUUAUCACCUCCAUCCCCUCCAGCCUGUCCACUUACAAGUCUCCAUGCCGAACCAGCCUCUACACGGGCAACGUGUCUGCUGUUUCUUCUGUGACCACAGCGCCCCCUGCUGUCUCCACUGUACCAAGCACUCACACUAGCUGGAGUGGGAAGGCCCCCGUGGGACUGGUCCGGCCUGAGCUGAAAGGAAACCCUCUCGACAAUGGCAGCUCCAGGGCUUCCGGAGGCUCCCACCGGCCGCAGCCUCUCUCCCAGGGGGCUAAGUCUUAUUUCAAGGAAGGGCCUGGCAUUGCUGUCUCGUCCUGCUCCUCUCCAGGCUCAAGGCUGGAGCUCCCUGGUGACAGGCUCUUGGGCGCUGUCUCCAACCCCGUGACUUCAGCCUCGGCUGCAGCCCCUGCCCUGUCUCGCCCCCCCCUCCUCAAAGCUGCCCCAGUGGCACCUCAGACCAUCGAGGAAGCCCUGGAUAAGCUGGACGCUGAACUGCAGGGCGUGGAGAAACGGCAGGAAUGGGAAGGGAUGAAGAAGAAGCGGAACGAGGAAGAGGAGCAGAAGAAAGUACAGGAGGGUCGGUGUCAGAUGCGCCCAGGGAGCUCGAUGGAGAGCCUUGGCCAGCUCCUGUCCAGCAGUCCCUUGGGACCCCUCCGAGCUAGCAGCAGCACCCCCUCACCCCCAACCUCCCAGCCCUCUGCUCCGUACCCCUGGCUGGGCCAGGCUGGAACCCCGCCACAGCCUCAGGGCCCAGCCGAGAGGCCCCGGCCCCCACCCCUCACCCCACAGACGGACUCCGCCCGCGAGAAGCAGAGGCAGAGGGCUGAGUGGGCGCGUGGGGCCUCCCAAAGUCCCCAGUCACAGACUCUCUCAGGGAUCGCCCGUCCCCCCGCCCUGGGUCUCCCCCCCUUGCCCACUCCACUCAUGCCCAGCCUAUCCAAAGACUCCCUCAAGGAGAUUUCGGGCAAAGAUUGCACAGCCUCUACCCUGCCGCAUCGAGACCCUCCCAAACUCCUGCAGGCCCCCACCUCGUGCGGUGGUCUAGGCAGUCUCGGGAAUGGUGCCGCCGACUCCGACAGCGCCCCCUUUGAGGAGGAAUCCCCAGAGCUCUCUACUAUCCUGCCCGAUGGCCUGGCCAACAUCAUGAAGAUGCUGGAUGAGUCCAUCAAGAAAGAAGAGGAGCAGUACUCAGGCUCUGACGUGCCGUCCUACUCUCCUCCAUCCCCCCUGCCCCGUUACCUGUGCGCCCCCCAACUUCUGCCUGCUACGAAGCCAAACCCAGGGGAGGAUUUCGGCCCAGCGGGACACACCAGCCCCCCAGUGCUAAGCAGGCAGGGUUCUCUGGCCUCCCCAUGCAGCCGCUCCUCCUCACUGUGUGAGGAUGAAGAGGAGGAGGUCCCUCCAUCUUCAAAGACUCUUCACUCGCCAGAUACCGGGACGGGACUGGCUACCCGCUACCGCUACAGUGACCUGGCCAAGCUGUACGGCCUCCCCGAGCCGGCUAAGGCAGAGGGCGACAAUGAGGAAGAGGAGGAGGAAGAAGAAGAUGAAGAGGAGGAUCAUUCUUGUUCCCCACCACCGCGGCGGCCUCAUCUCCACCAGACCGGCAUGAGUAGUACCUUGCUGGAUUCUGAUGUAGAACGUCAAAAGUAUACUUAUCGUGGAGGCCCCUUUGGCAGGCCCCCACCCAAUGCCCUCGGGGGUGUCAAGUACUCGUCUUCCCUCUCUCUUGGCCCAGACAUCUGCCAGCAGCAGCAGGAGAGCUCUCCCACUGCGGGCUCUGUGCAGCUUUCUGCUCAGCCAUGCCCUCACUCUGGACCACCCAGCCAGGAACCGGCUUGGAGCAAGGCUCAGAAGCGUGAAGAUGAUACCUUGGACACCUGGCAGAAGGAGCACAAGGACACUAAAGGAACGCUGGGGGUUUUCCGCAAAGAGGAGAAGGGCUUUUCAGCCCUGAGGGACCCCUCAAGGGCUGACCCUGAAGUUGGGCCACCGCGGUCAGAGAUGAAGCUCACCACCAUCUCUGAGUCCUCGCUGGCUGAACUGGGUCGCAGCUGUGAGGUCCUGCUGACUCGACAUGGUGUGCCAAGCCGGACCCUGGCAGAGAAGGAGAGUCGGAAGACUGGGAAGGAGCGAGACCGGGACAAGGAGAAGCGGAAGUAUGAUAGCAAGAAACACCAGCAGAGGAAAGAAAGGAAGAAGAAGCACAGGGAGAGGAAAGAUGAGAUGACCUCCUCAUCCUCCUCUUCCACCAUCUCCUCUAACUCCACUUCUAGCCGCAAGCAUAAGGAGGGCAAAUCGCACAGGGACAAAAAAGGCAGGGAAGUCCUAGGGAAUGUUGACCUCCAGAGCAAGGAGGUCCGGGAAAAAGUCAGGUCUGCAGAGUCUGAAGAGAGGAGGAAGAGGAAAGAGGAAGGGAGUGUGCAGGCUGAAGAGGGGGAGCAAGGCAGCUGGGCAUCUUCAGACUCCAGUGGUGCUGGAGUGAGCACGGCCAUGUCCAGCAGCACCACCAUAGGUAUGGGCCCAGCGGACUUACUGAAGCUGAAAGCGCUGUCCGAUGGCCCUCCCAAGGAGCUGAAGAUACGACUGAUCAAAGUGGAGAGUGGAGAUAGGGAGACCUUCAUCGCCUCCGAGGUUGAGGAGAAGAGAAUCCCGCUGUCAGAGAUCACGAUAAAGAACACUGCAGCCGAAGUGGUGCGAGCCUGCAAGGGGGCACGGAUUAAGGGCAAGUUCCGCGAGUCCUACCUCCUGCCAGCCUUCUCCGUAAAGCCCGUCCCGCCCAUGAACCACCCCAUCCCACGGGAGAAGCUCAACCCGCCCACGCCCAGCAUCUAUCUGGAGAGCAAGCGGGACGCCUUCUCCCCCGUGCUGCUGCAGUUCUGCACUGAUUCGAAGAACCCAAUCACCGUCAUCCGGGGCCUGGCCGGCUCACUCCGCCUCAGCUUGGGUCUUUUCUCCACCAAGUCUCUAGUGGAGGCCAACGCGGACCACGCCGUGGAGGUGCGCACCCAGGUGCAGCAGCCGGCCGACGAGAACUGGGACCCCAGCGGCUCUGCACAGACGUGGCCGUGCGAGAGCAGCCGCUCGCACACCACCAUCGCCAAGUACGCCCAGUAUCAGGCCUCAUCCUUCCAGGAGAGCCUGCAGGAGGAAAAGGGAAGUGAAGAGGAAGAUGAUGAGGAGGAAGAGGAGGAGAAGAAGACGAGCGUCCCGGAGCCCUUGUUCGCUGGCCCAAGCUCGGAACAGAAGCCAGUGGGCAAGAUCAUCAAAUUUGGCACCAACAUUGACCUGUCAGACCCCAAGCGCUGGAAGCCCCAGCUGCAAGAGCUGCUGAAGCUGCCGGCUUUCAUGCGCGUCUCGUCCAGCGGGAACAUGCUGAGUCACGUGGGCCACACUAUCCUGGGCAUGAACUCUGUGCAGCUCUACAUGAAAGUCCCAGGCAGCAGGACACCAGGCCACCAGGAGAACAAUAACUUCUGCUCUGUGAACAUCAACAUCGGCCCCGGUGACUGCGAGUGGUUCGCUGUGCAUGACAACUACUGGGAGGUUAUCAGUGACUUCUGUGAGAGGAAUGGAGUGGACUAUUUAACAGGCUCGUGGUGGCCAGUUCUGGAAGACCUUUACCGGGCCAACAUCCCAGUGUACCGCUUCAUUCAGCGCCCAGGGGACCUGGUGUGGAUCAAUGCGGGCACAGUGCACUGGGUCCAGGCUGUGGGCUGGUGCAACAACAUCGCCUGGAAUGUGGGGCCCCUCAACUCUUAUCAGUACCAGCUGGCUCUGGAGCGCUUUGAGUGGAAUGAGGUGAAGAAGGUCAAGUCCAUAGUGCCCAUGAUCCACGUGUCUUGGAACGUGGCCCGUACGGUCAAGAUCAGCGACCCCGACACGUACAAGAUGAUCAAACACUGCCUUCUGCAGUCCAUUAAGCACAUCCAGAUCCUGAGGGACCAGCUGGUGGCAGCCGGGAAAAAGAUCUCCUACCAGAGCCGCGUGAAGGAUGAACCUGCCUACUACUGCAAUGAGUGUGACGUGGAGGUUUUCGACCUGCUGUUCGUGACGAGUGAGAACGGCGGCAAGAAGAUGUACGUGGUGCACUGCGAGGACUGCGCACGUCUGCGCGGCCAGAAUCUCUCUGGCGUAGUGGUCCUGGAGCAGUAUCGCAUGGAGGAGCUGAUGGCAGCCUAUGACAGCUUUACCCUGGCUCCAUCCCCCAGCUCACGGUGAGGGGCUCCUCCUGUCUAACAGCCAUAACCAAAACUCCUGGUUGCCAGGACAACCCAAGCAGUCUUUUGAAUAUUGUUAUUUUCGUUUUGUUCUUUUGUUUUUGUUUACAUUUACUACUGCUAGUACUUGCUGAACAGCCAAUCGAACGCCCGUUUACUCAUUGUUUACAAUACCACAUCAGCCAAUUAAAAACUCCAGUUUACUGUCAUUUGCCCAGUCUACCUGCUGGCAGUUGGCUUUUAGUGGAACUCGCCUUGGUGCUGUAUUGGUUAGAAUGGGAAUCAUGACUCACUAAGGGAGUUUAUCUCAAUGGCAUGUUUUGUUUUUUUUUGUGUUAAAUCUGAAAUUUGUAAAUACUAUUUGUAUUUUUGUGGGUUUUGUUUUUUUUAUUUAUUCCAAUUUUUAAACUAGAAUCAGCCUAGCUCUAUACCACAUUGGCCUUGUGACUUGUAUUUAGAUGAAAGAUAAUGAAAAAUACUAAUAAUAGAGUAUGAACAUUUUUCUAAAGCAUUAAAAAAAACUGUUUGGAUGGUUCAAAACAUACGGGUUUUAAGACAACUGUUUCAUUUGUCCUUGAGAAUCUUGUUUGUAUUAAUUGUAGAAUUUUCACAUUUUUUUCCUGAAGAUUCUAAUGACACACCCUUGUAAGAUCCUGUCAGAACUUUCCCACUCUCUCUCUAUGUAUUAUAUUAUCAGUUGUUUGUUUUUAACUUGUUCAUUGUACUUCCCAUCCUGGGCUGUGUUCUGCUUCUGGAUUUUUAAUUGUAAAUCAUUUUUUUUUCGUAUUUAUGUUUUUUUUUUUUUGCUUUUCUAUUUAUUGGAAGUCAAUGUUCUCCCCCAUCUUAUUAGGUAUGUCAAAUUUUCAAAAGUUUUCUAUUCUAUUUCUAUUCUAAUAUUUUGAGACGGGGGUCUGUGGGAGGGUUUCCCCCCCUUAUGGUGCUCACCUCCCCUUCGCCCCCAUACUCACUAUAUAUAAAUGAUAUAUAUAAAUAAUCCUUCACCUUUUCUCCUAGAUGGUAGGGCACUGGGCUGCAGUAGACAACUAAUGUAAUGCUGUCUUUGAGGUGGAAAGCAAUUCUCCUUCUCCAGCAAGAGUCAUUGUAAUUAUGCUUAGGGACUUUAGUUGCGACGAGUGAACAGUUGGAAUCUGUUAUGGGAUAGAAGGUGCUAUGAUUUCUAAGACAUUUUUUUUUUUCUUUUUAAAAACAAAAAUCUAUUUUUUCUCUUGCAAUACACAGUUCUGCUCUUUGUGGUCAUUUAUUUAAACUGCACUGCUUUUGAGAAUUCACAUGUACACGCACGCCGGCACACACACACACACACACACACCAAACUGAGCCAACCAUAUCUAACACUUUGUGAACUUGUGUGAUUUUUAUGACUUAAUAAAUUCUUUUGAUAAA